GAACUCGUAAGCCGGAUAGCUCUCUGCUGCGCUGAGUAUAGAUACGAGUUGCACCAUUGCAUAGAGUAGUUUCUACCACCACCGCUACCAACAUGACGACCGUCGUGCCUACAUCCGAGGAGGAUCCUGCUCUCUCCGUCGUCCGUUUCACUGCCGAGAUUUCGUGGGCGGAAGCGGGUCCUGAGGUUGCUGAACCACAAGUGACUAGUUUGUGCAUGGAAGCCCAGGAAUGCAUGAUUGCCGGCAGAUGGUUGGAUUUGGCUUCACUAAUGCUUACUUCGGCUGAUUUGGUAUUUUCUAAGGCUUCAGAAAAAGAUCUGGAGUGCAUCUUCACUGUUAUUUGCAAUCUUGUUAAGAAGCCUGAAAGCCUAGAUGAGUCACUGGAGAUGGCAAAGCUCUUAUCCACAAAAAUUGCCCAACAACCACACGAAAAACCUGCAUUACGAUUGAAGAUCUUGUUCAAUCUGUACAACAUGUUAGAGAACCCUUACGGAAGGUUCAUUGUUUACAUGAAGGCCCUUGAUGUGGCAGCCAAUGGGAAGGGCAUGGAACAUAUUGUACCUUCUUUUAAAAAGAUGGACACCUUAUUGAAGGAAUGGAAUCUAGGACUGAAGGAUCAAAGAGAACUUUUCCUUGCCAUCUCUAAUAUUUUGAAGGAACAUAAGAGCUCUGCUAAGGAAAACAUUAAGUUUCUGACCAAGUAUCUGGCGACGUUCUCUGGCGAGGAUGCACAUACAAUGGAAGAGGCAAAGGAAGAAGCUGCUUACACCAUUAUCGAAUUUGUCAAAGCACCUGACAUGUUUCAGUGUGAUCUUCUUGAGAUGCCUGCUGUAGCACAAUUGGAGAAAGACGCUAAGUAUGCAUUAGUCUAUCAGCUUCUAAAGAUAUUUCUGACUCAGAGGCUUGACCAAUACCUAGGUUUUCAUACAUCAAAUUCUGAAUUGCUGAAAAGCUAUGGUCUUGUCCAUGAAGACUGUAUAGCAAAGAUGAGAUUGAUAUCAAUGGUGGAUCUUGCCUCUGAUGAAUCUGGCCAAAUUCCUUAUCCUCUAAUCAAGGACACUCUCCAGAUAGAGGACGAUGAGGUGGAACCAUGGGUGGUCAAGGCAAUCUCGGCGAAACUGAUUGAUUGUAAAAUCGACCAGAUGAAUCAAGUCAUUAAAGUCAGCCGUUACACUGAGCGUGUGUUUGGGCCGCCGCAAUGGCAAGCUCUACGAUCAAAGCUGGCAACAUGGAGGGGUAACAUUGCAAAUGUGAUAACAACCAUUCAAGCGAACAAGGCUACAGAAGAAGGAAGUCGGUCGAUGCAAGGGUUGAUGAUACGUUGAGAUUUAUUGUUCAUUUGUUCAUCAGCAUUCAGCAAGUUCCAGAAGUCCACACAGAAGAAGUAUUGUUAUCUGUUGUUUUUUACUUGAAUCAUAAUUUUUGGAAAUUUUGCCCUCCAUUUGAGCUCUAGCUUUCAUUCAUUUCGGUUUGAAUCUGUACUCCUGCUGUUAAUGAAUUCAUCAGAUAACAACAGCAAUCUUUGCUUCCUUUUCCUUUUAAUCUAAUAGUCUGCUGUCUCU